CUCUUUUGGUACGAAACACGCCAUCACGUCGAUGUGUUCGGAAAAGUAGAUAUCUAUUGUCUUUGGAACUGCUUACUGUAGCUGGCAAGCUGCAAGUUAUGAGAUUAACGUGGUAUUCGACGAUCUAGAACCUCAAUUCUCCAAUUCCCCGCUCACUGUCAACCUGGAACUUCUCGUGGAUCUUUAUGCAUCUGCCCUCUUUUUUUACGUAUCACUUUCUUAAAUGAGAGCCUGCUAGAAAGCUACUAUAUUAUUCGAUCUUAGAGCUUGAUACCCUCCUGGGAUUUACAAAUCGCUCACGUCCUAGUGGUUCGACGAUAAACCGUGAAAGAAUAGGAGGUACUUAGCGGUGGUUUGUUUAACUUAUACAACGGGACCGAUCUGCAAUUGCAAUUGCUUCGAAGGUGCGACGACAAAACGUUGCUAUCUGAUUUAAUUUAGUGAAGAUGGUUUAUUGCGGGAAACCCUCAAAGGGCUGUCAGAUGUGUAGGACGAGGAGAAUAAAGUGCGACGAGACAAAGCCUACGUGUAAUCAAUGCACCAAAUCACGCAGACAGUGUCCUGGAUAUAAGGACGAGUUCGAUCUAAUCUUCCGUAACGAGACACAGGCUACGGAGCGUCGAGCGCGGAAGGCUAGCAAAAAGGGGCUGGCGAUAAAGACGGAAAAAACAGUCUCUGAGUCGGGGGACACGAAUGUGUCCGUAGUAUUUGCUAACACCACUAAACAACCAGUAAAGCAGGCAGUCAUUCGUCCGCUCAACAUCUCCAUAGAACAGCAGGCUAUUUGUAGCUUCGUCUCUAAUUUCGUCUUAAUACCCGGAGAAGGAGACGGGCGAGCUUUUAUGGAAUAUGUCAUCCCGCUACUGAAGGAACAUCCGGCAGGCCACUUACAAAAUGCCUUCAAUGCGUGCUCAAUGGCAUUUCUGAAUAAUCGGGGAGGGGUGUGUAACAGGUUUUCGGACAGAGCACUGCACGAGUAUACGAAGGCGCUUCAUGGGACGAAUGCUGCUUUGAGAAACCCCGAGACGCAAUUGGCGGACACGACGCUGGCUGCUGUUUUACUGCUGGGCUUAUUCGAGAGCAUUACGGCCAAACAAAUCGGCAUGCUGAACUGGGGUUCACAUACCGAAGGGGCUAUCCAGCUCGUCAAAGCUCGAGGUAAAGAGCAGUUAAAGACCAAAACUGGCUUGGGGCUCUUCAUCGCCGUUCGGACCCAAAUGAUUAUCCAUAGCCUCACGGCGGGAACAGCCCCUAUAAUGGGUGCCGAAUGGUGGAUCGACGACGCGGUCAGGAACGAAACAGCAGCAUCGUGUCACCGGCUCAUGAUAAAACUAGGAGAGUGCCGAGCCGAAGUCACACGGCUGAUGAACAGCAUGGCGCGAACCCCCGACAACAUGGAAAUCAUGAUGGACAUGCUCCGGCGAAUACAGACGGUCGACCAAGAAGUCGUAGCCUGGAUGCGCAACGUGCCCGAAGACUGGCGCUUCCGCACCGUGACGUGGGAGGACCGCGUGCCCGACGGCGACUACUCGAAAGCAGAAGUGUUUCCCGGCCGCGUCGACGUCUACCAAGACUUCUACAUCACCAGCGUGUGGAAUACCUCGCGCACGGCACGUCUGGUCCUAGCCUCCCUCGUCGUGCGCUGCGCAGCCUGGAUCUGCAGCCCCGUCGACUACCGCACUACGCCCGAGUACGCGACCGCGGCGCGCACCUGCGUGGAGACCAUCACCGAUAUCAUCGCGUCGGUGCCGUACCAGCUCGGCUGGCGCCCGAGCAAAGCAACCAGCAGACACCAACACCAACAACAACAUCAACAUCAGCAGAAGAAUAGAUUCGUCUGCGGCGAGGAAAACUCCCCCAAAGCCCUCGCGGGCUACUUCCUCACGUGGCCGCUCAUAUGCCUGCACAGCCAGGACUACACGACGGACGCGCAGCGCGCGUGGAUCCACGGGCGGCUGCGGUUCAUCGGGGACGAGCUGGGGGUCAAGUACGCGCAUGUGCUGCGGCAGCUGCAGAUUCGCAUGCCGAGCAUGCUGAUACGGCGGGACGCGCUCAUGGCGAAGCAGGCUAGCGUGCAGCAGCAGCAGGAGUACUCGAGGAGGCCGCAGGGGCAGCAGAUAAGUAUGAGCAUGAGUACGAGUAUGGGUAUGAGUAUGGAUAUGAGUAUGGGUAUGGGGGCUUGUUCGUUUGCGCCGCCGUUGCCGCCGGGGAUGUCGGCGGGUGUGUUUGUUGGUGAUGAGAGCGGUCUUAGUAGUAAUAAUGGCCUGUUACAGCACGUCGAGGCGCUGCGGAAGAAACACUUCGAGCAGCGUCGCGCGGAGCUGCUGGCGCAUGCGGCUGGAGGCCAGGACGCGGGGGAGAGUCAGAAGUGGGUUGCGAAGCGGUGGUUGGUUGUAUGAUGGGUUGAUGUUAAUGGUGAUGGUGAUAGUGAUGGUGAUGUUGAUGUUAAUGACAUUGGUGUUAGUGCUGGUGUUUGGGUUGGAGUUGAUGGAGGCAACUUUCGACUUUUACGAUUACAACUAACUACAUAAGAUGCCUGAGCUACCUACGAUACCGAUUUUAAGGAUCGCCUAUCUACUUGGAUGGAUGAAGCGAGACGCCCCGGCAGGUAGUCAGAGGGAUAUCCAGAAGCGCGGGUAUAUAUAUAUAAUGUACCUUAUAUAUCAGAAGCCGGAUAAGACGGCAUUAGCACUUCGAGGCGUAUUGUACCGCAACGCUAUGAUACCAUCUGGUCAAUUAGGUAUUGUACCGGGGAUCGUUGACCAGCGCUGCGCUCACAAGGGUGAGGGUGGAUUAGGAGGCCUCGAUUGCGGCAACCCAGCGACACAUUCAUGUAUUGAUAUCCACA